AUUGGCUUAUUCUGGCCAUUUUCUUAAUAUUAUCGGCAGAAAAACGCCAAAAUAUCCCGCUCUUUUUAAUACUUAGACUAUUAUUAAUAUUCUUUUCUUUCUUUGUUUACUGUCCUUGAAGUUACAGGGAGAGAGAAAGAGUGAGAAAGAACCUGGGGAACUCAAACAUAAACACAGAGUUAAUUGCGGAAGAAAAAGGAAAAAAGGAAAAAAAAAAUCUCUCAUUCCUCCCCUUUGUAGCCACUAACUCCAACUCAUUUUAGGGUUCAAGAAACUAAUGAUUCAGACAAAACAAAAUCAUUAGCUUGAUGUUCUUGUUCGAUAAUAACAACAAAUUCUAAGUCUUGUGGGUCAGGAGAUUUCUGAGGGAAGAUUGAAUUUUAUUUUUCUUCUUUCAUUCUCUCACACACUUCUUGCCAAGGGAAGUGAAAUAUGCAGACAACAAAAGCAAGAACUGGGUCUCUUGAGGUGCCUCAAAGGACAUCUCCCACCACAACUCGUACUGCUCGCCAACUUAAGAUGCCAGGUGCCGAGGGUGACUCACCUUCUCCAACUUCUGUAAGUAGGACGCCGAAAGAAAGAAAUCUUAAAGUCGCUGAGCGAAGGUCACCCAGAAGCCCGGCAACUGAGAAGAAACGCCCAAGCAAAGUGACUGAUAUGGAACCUCAGUUGGCCCAACUCCAAGAUGAUUUAAAGAAAGCGAAGGAUCAAUUGGGUAUGUGCGAGUUACAAAGAAAAUAUGCACAGCAAGAGGCUGAGGAAGCACAUAAGCGACUCAAAUCUUUGACUUCAAAGCUUGAUGAAUCCCAACGUCAACUUCUUGAGCUAACUAAUACAGAGGAUGACCGGCUACAAGAGCUCCGUCAGUUAUCUCAAGAGCGAGAUCGAGCUUGGCAGUCUGAGCUAGAUGCUCUGCUGAAGCAGCAUUCACUUGAUUCAGCUGCUUUGGCCUCUGCUAUGCAUGAGGUCCACAGGCUCAAGAUGCAACAGGGAUCGGUUGUUGAAUCUGAGGCUCCACAGAAUGUUGAGUUUGAGAACUUGAAACUAGAUCUAGCUGACAGUCGUUCUGCUGUGGAGAAUCUGAAAGAAGAGCUCCAACGCUGCAAAGAAUCUGAAGCUCAAGCAAAAAUGCUGGUUGGUGAGACCCUAAUGCAGUUGGAAACAGCAAAGACAACCAUGGAGACACUUAGAUCUGACAACCUCAGAGCAAAGGAAGCAUAUGAUUCCCUGGCUUCAGAGUUGGAGCAGUCCAGAUUUCAAGUAAAUGCACUUGAAACACUUUGCAAACACCAGGGAGAUCCUUCCAGUGAUGCAUUGGUUUCACAGAGAAAUAGAGAUAACAGUGAGGUUUUGGAAUCUAAUCAGCUUAAAGUGGAGCUUAAUUUCAUGAGGUUGGAGGUGGAGCAGUUGAGAAACGCACUAGACGCUGCUAAAGUUAAGUACGAAGAAGAAGCCAUUCAGAAAUCUAUGCAGCUUCAAAGUGCCCACAAACUCUUGGAACAAACACAGUCUGAGUAUUUUCUCAGGGAAUCUGAAUUGGAAGCGGCACUUAAACAAACUAAAGCAGAUAUGGAAGACUUGAAGUUAAACCUUGUGGACAAAGAGUCUGAAUUGCAGACUGCUAAAGAUAAGUAUGAAGAAGAAGCGGUUCAGAAAUCUAUGCAGCUUCAAAGUGCCCACAAACUUGUGGAACAAAGGGAAUCUGAGUAUUUCCUUAGGGAAUCUGAAUUGGAGUCGGCACUUGAACAAACCAAAGCAGAUAUCAAAGACUUGAAGUCAAACCUUGUGGACAAAGAGUCUAAACUGCAGAGCAUUUCAGAUUUGAAGCUAGAGCAUGAGCAGACCAACCAGAGAGAAUCUGAACUUGAUAUUGAAAUGAAAAAAUUGAAGGCAGAGAUUGCAGAUUUGAGAGCAAACAUGAUGGACAAAGAGACCGAAUUGCAGAAUCUGGUAGAGGAGAAUGAGACUCUUAAAUCUGAAAUUGAGAAACAAGGUAAAGAGAUUGGUGAGCUGGGCUACUUAAAAGAUGAGGUGGAUAAGAGUGGGAAAAGAGCACUAUGGGUUACUGAACAACUUGAAGCUGCUCAGACAGCAAGCUCAGAAAUGGAGGUAGAACUAAGAAGGCUAAAAGUUCAGGCAGACCAGUGGAGGAAAGCAGCCGAAGCAGCAACAGCUGUUCUUUCAACUGAAAGUAAUGGAAAGUUCGAUUUUAACUACCACUCUGUAUCGGGGACACUAUGUUCUCCAUAUUCAGACGAAAUGGACGAUGAAUCCCCUAAGAAGUCAAACAUGCUCAAGAAGAUUGGAGUAUUGUGGAAGAAACAGAAGUAGUGGCUCAUAAACAUUACAUGAAUGAUUUCUCUUGUUUUCCUUUUGAAUCUCUCCUGUUUCCCUUAUUUUCAGUCGGGCUAUCACUUUUCGUGGUUUUUCCUAGGCUAGUGGUACACAUCUAUUGUAUAGAUAUAAUCUCAGAGAACUCUUAUAUCUCUAUGUAAUCCUUUAUAUUUCUUUUGGGUUCGCCCAUUCUAUCCGUGGACGGGGUUUGGCAAAAAUUCCAUUCUUCUCUCUUCGAAAUUUACACAUUACUGAACUGUAAUUUACACAA